UUAGUGCUGGCUGCAGCUUUCCCAGGCUGUAGACAAGUGAAUAGGAAGAACUACCUCUGCAACAAGUGCACUCAUUUUCUUACAGAAACGCUUUGGGUAUAAGUUGUGGGGGCUUCUGGAUCUUUUCCUGUUGAAUGUUCCAAUCUACUUGUAGUUAACAUUUGGAUUUAGGAACUAAGUGGUGUAAACUCAACGUGUCAGAAGAAGAGGUGUGCUGGUACUUACACACAGGCAUCUGAAACCGAAAGGGGAAGUGACUGAGUUUACAGGACUCCCUGGAAGGAUGUUAGAUCCGUCUUCCAGUGAGGAAGAAUCCGAGGAGUUGCUGGAAGAUGAGAGAGGGGAUGUGUUGGUGGUGGUCUCGGGCAGUGGGGCUACCCCUUCUCAGCGAUCUCUGCAUGCUCCCCCCAGGGACUGCGGUGCCAGGUCGACCCUUGCCAGGCCAGCCAGCCCCAGUCCCUCUGUGGUCAGUGAAGGUAGAGAGGAACAGGAGAGGCUGCAGAAGGAAGAGAGGGAGAGGAGAAGCAGGCUGCAGUUGUAUGUGUUUGUAAUGAGGUGCAUCGCUUACCCAUUUAAUGCCAAGCAACCCACUGACAUGGCCAGGAGGCAGCAAAAGCUCAACAAGCAACAGUUACAGAUAAUAAGAGAGCGAUUCAACUCAUUCCUCGGUGGAGAAACUCAAAUAGUGGCAGAUGAAGCAUUCUGCAAUGCAGUUAGAAGCUACUAUGAGGUAUUUCUGAAAAGUGAUCGAGUUGCCCGAAUGGUCCACAGUGGAGGAUGCUCUUCUAAUGACUUCAGAGAAGUUUUUAAAAAGAACAUAGAGAAGAGAGUCCGAAGUUUGCCAGAAAUUGAUGGGUUAAGCAAAGAAACUGUAUUAAGCUCUUGGAUUGCUAAAUAUGAUGCAAUUUAUAGAGGAGAGGAAGAUCUGCGUAAACAUCAAAACAGAAUGGCUCUUAGUGCUGUGUCAGAAUUAAUACUUAGCAAAGAACAGCUCUAUGAGAUGUUUCAACAGAUCCUGGGGAUAAAAAAACUAGAACAUCAGCUUCUAUAUAACGCUUGCCAGUUGGAUAAUGCAGAUGAGCAAGCGGCACAAAUUAGACGAGAACUUGAUGGGCGUCUCCAAUUGGCAGAUCAAAUGGCUAAGGAAAGGAAGUUCACAAAGUUUUUAUCAAAAGAUAUGGAGAUCAUGUUUAUAGAAGAGCUGCGGUCUUCAGUGAAUUUAUUAAUGGCAAAUUUAGAAAGUCUUCCUGUUUCAAAAGGAGGUCCUGAGUUUAAGUUGCAGAAGUUAAAAAGGUCACAGAAUUCUGCCUUCUUGGAUAUUGGUGAUGAAAAUGAGGUCCAGUUGUCUAAAUCGGAUGUUGUCUUGUCAUUCACAUUAGAGAUUGUUAUAAUGGAAGUGCAAGGUCUGAAGUCCGUGGCACCAAAUCGGAUAGUAUAUUGCACAAUGGACGUAGAAGGAGGAGAGAAGCUGCAAACAGAUCAAGCAGAAGCCUCAAGACCACAAUGGGGUACCCAAGGAGAUUUUACUACCACCCAUCCACGCCCAAUUGUUAAAGUAAAACUGUUCACUGAAAGUACAGGUGUUCUGGCACUUGAAGACAAAGAGCUUGGAAAAGUAAUACUUACACCAACUCCAAACAGUUCCAAAUCACCAGAACUACAUAAAAUGGUAGUUCCUAAAAAUAGCCAAGACACAGAUCUGAAGAUAAAACUGGCAGUAAGAAUGGACAAGCCGGCUCAUAUGAAACACUGUGGGUAUUUAUAUGCAGUCGGACAGAAGGUUUGGAAGAGAUGGAAGAAACGUUACUUUGUUCUUGUGCAGGUAAGCCAGUACACAUUUGCAAUGUGUAGUUACAGAGAGAAAAAAUCUGAACCUCAGGAGCUGAUGCAGCUUGAAGGAUACACAGUGGACUAUACAGACCCUCACUCAGGUCUUCAGGGUGGACGAAUGUUCUUUAAUGCAGUUAAAGAAGGAGACACAGUGAUUUUUGCCAGUGAUGAUGAUCAAGAUAGAGUAUUAUGGGUACAAGCAAUGUACAGAGCAACAGGCCAAUCAUACAAACCUAUUGCUUCAAAUCAGGCACAGAGAAUAAAUACCAAAGGGUUAAAUGUCCAAAUGGAGCCAACUCACAAUUCUUCCGAUCGUGCCCAGAGACAUGGCAUGGAUGAAUUCAUUUCUGCUAAUCCCUGUAGAUUUGACCAUGCCUCCUUGUUUAAAGUUCUCCAGCAGCAGACAUUGGAUCACCGGUUAAAUGAUUCCUAUUCUUGUCUUGGUUGGUUUAGCCCUGGACAGGUUUUUGUAUUAGAUGAAUACUGUGCCAGAUAUGGAGUACGUGGUUGCCAUCGUCAUCUCUGUUACCUGAUGGAACUGAUUGAGCAUUCUGAAACAGGGGCAGUGAUUGACCCAACAUUGCUUCAUUACAGCUUUGCGUUCUGUGCCUCUCAUGUUCAUGGAAAUAGACCGGAUGGACUUGGAUCAGUUACAGUUGAAGAAAAAGAAAGAUUUGAAGCAAUAAAAGAGCGACUUGCCUCACUAUUAGAAAACCAAAUAAGCCACUUCAGAUACUGUUUUCCUUUUGGAAGACCAGAAGGAGCGCUGAAAGCUACGCUGUCUUUGCUUGAAAGGGUGUUGAUGAAAGAUAUUGCUACUCCUAUACCAGCAGAAGAAGUAAAAAAGGUUGUACGAAGAUGUCUUGAGAAAGCUGCUUUGAUAAAUUACAACCGUCUUACAGAAUAUGCCAAAACAGAAGAGUCUAUGAAUCAAGAAAAUCCAGCUAAAAAACUUGAAGAUGUCUUGCAUCUAGCCGAACUGUGCAUUGAAGUUCUACAGCAAAAUGAGGAACAUCAUUCUGAGGCCUUUUCUUGGUGGCCUGACCUAAUGGCUGAGCAUGCUGAGAUAUUUUGGUCUCUGUUUUCGGUGGAUAUGGAUUCUGCACUCAGUUCACAACCACAAGAUUCUUGGGAUAGUUUCCCUCUUUUUCAGCUACUGAAUAAUUUUCUAAGAAGUGAUGCUCUGUUAUGCAACAAAAAAUUUCACAAGCAUCUUCAAGAAUGUUUUGUGCCUCUAGUCAUCCGUUAUAUUGACCUCAUGGAGUCCUCGAUUGCUCAAUCCAUUCACAAAGGCUUUGAACAAGAGACCUGGCAGCCAGUCAAAACCAUCACCAACAGUCUUCCUAAUGUUCAGCUUCCAAAAGUCCCAAGUUUGACUCUUAACCUUCCUCAGAUACCUAGCUUUUCAGCACCAUCGUGGAUGGCUUCUUUAUAUGAUUCCACAAAUGGAUCGUUAACAUCAGAGGACUUGUUUUGGAAGCUAGAUGCUUUGCAGUCAUUUAUCCAUGAUCUUCAUUGGCCAGAAACCGAAUUUGCAAACCACCUGGAGCAGCGGCUUAAACUUAUGGCAAGUGACAUGAUAGACGCCUGUGUUAAAAGGACACGAAGUGCAUUUGAAAUAAAGUUGCAGAGGAUGUGCAAAUCAACAGACCUGAGAAUUGCUGCAUCUGUUUGUACAAUGUUUAAUGUACUUAUUGAUGCGAAGAAACAGUGCUCUAAACUCUGUGUUUUGGAUGGUGGGCAAGAGUUUUCUAAACAGUGGCAACAAUACCAUUCUAAAAUAGAUGACUUAAUUGAGGGUACUGUUACAGAAAUCAUAUCACUCCUUGUUUCCAAGUUUGUUUCAGUGCUUGAAGGAGUGCUGUCUAAGUUGGCAAGAUAUGAUGAAGGCACAUUCUUUUCAUCUAUACUUUCAUUCACUGUUAAAGCUGCUUCAAAAUAUGUGGAAGUACCAAAGCCAGGACUGGAUCUUGCAGAUACUUAUAUUUCAUUUGUCCGACAAAACCAGGAUAUGUUACGGGAAAAACUCAAUGAAGAGAUGUAUAUAGAGAAGAUGUUUGAUCAAUGGUAUAACACUUCGAUGAAAAUCAUAUGUGUGUGGCUGGCGGAUAGAUUAGAUCUUCAGCUGCAUGUCUACCAACUUAAAACUAUUAUCAAGAUUGUAAAGAAAACCUACAGGGACUUCAGACUUCAAGGAGUUCUUGAUGGAACACUGAAUAAUAAAACUUAUGAGACUGUUCAACACCGUUUAAGAGUUGAAGAAGCAACAGUAUCUGACUCUGACAGGGGAGGACUUCAGGGGAUUUCUAUGAAGGACAGUGAUAAUGAAGAUGAUUGACAUUGUGCAAUGUAUUCUACAUUAUCUGUUUGUACCAUUAUACAUUAAAUAAAAAUUUUUAUAUAAUUUGUUUUACACAAGGUGCAUACAGGUUGCUUAUAAAAUCACUGUGUACAGCAGAUGCAUUAAUAUAUAUAUAUCUAUAUAUAUGGGCCACAGACUUCUGGUAUGAAUAAUUGUAUAGCAAAGCUAAAUGGAAUGAUACAGGAUUUGAACCAUACACAUACUUUAGUAAUUUCAUGUAAUGGAUAUCUAGCAAGGACAGUAAUGUUUACUACUGACAAUUAAGCUCUUCAUUGCCUUACAUUGAGUUUCUAGUUUUGCAAAAAAAAUAAAAAAAAAUAAAAUAAAUGUUUUUCUCAUGAUCAUUUCCAAUAUACCUCAUCUGUAUUUUCUGUUCAGAAUUUUUAAUUUGCGUUUUCAGGGUUUGUUAGUAACAUCCUUGGGAAGUCAGCAUAUGUCUGAUUUUUAUUAAAAAAUGCAUAUGUUUAUAUUCACAGGUACAUGAAACUUGUCUAAUUGCUUCUCUUUUUUUGGUUGUUUUUGUCUAUGUACGGUGGUCAAUAAAGUUUGAUAAUAUAUUUACAA